UUCCGAGGAUUUUAAAGCAAAGAAGAAUAUCUCUCUCGUCUUGUCCUCCUUCAAUCCUCAAUCCUGCUUUAUUUAGCUUUACUCUGCUUUUUUUCCCAGUACUUGAAUGCGUCUUUUUCCAGUGUUUUCUCUGCAAUUUCAGCUGCCAUUUCCAGCUCUCUUUGUAGAGUAGUUUCGUUUCGGAGCUUAAAUCAUUGAGAUAACUUGGAUUGAAAGAGCAGAAGAAAAAGACAGAGAAACUAAAUUGUUUCAAACGAAAAUGGGGUUGACUUCUGGGAUUUUUAUGGGGAUGGUUUUCGGGAUUUCAUUGAUGGCCGGUUGGCGUCGUAUGAUGAGGCACCGAAGCAGUAAGAGAAUCGCAAAGGCAGCCGAUAUAAAAGUUCUUGGGGCUCUCACUAGAGAUGAUUUGAAGAAAAUUUGUGGUGAUAACUAUCCUGAGUGGAUAUCUUUUCCUGUUUAUGAACAGGUGAAAUGGUUGAACAAGCAAUUGAGCAAAUUAUGGCCUUUUGUUGCGGAGGCAGCAUCGGCAGUGAUCAAAGAGUCUGUUGAACCACUCUUGGAAGAAUACCGGCCUCCUGGUAUUACUUCACUGAAGUUCAGUAAAUUGUCUCUUGGUACUGUGGCUCCCAAGAUCGAAGGUAUUCGUGUUCAGAGCCUUAAGAAAGGCCAAAUCACGAUGGAUAUUGAUCUUCGGUGGGGCGGUGAUCCAAGUAUAAUUUUAGCUGUUGAAGCUGCACUUGUUGCUUCAAUUCCAAUUCAGUUGAAAAAUCUUCAAGUUUUCACCGUUGUUCGUGUCAUCUUCCAACUUGCUGAAGAGAUACCUUGUAUUUCUGCCGUAGUCGUUGCUCUCCUUGCUGAGCCAAAGCCUAGAAUUGAUUACACUCUGAAGGCUGUUGGUGGAAGCUUAACAGCGGUUCCCGGACUUUCAGAUAUGAUUGAUGAUACUGUGGAUUCAAUUGUCACAGACAUGCUUCAGUGGCCACACAGAAUUGUUGUUCCAAUUGGUGGUAUACCAGUUGAUACAAGUGAACUGGAGCUUAAACCGGAGGGAAAGCUGACGGUUACAGUAGUCAAAGCUAAUGAUUUAAAGAACAUGGAAAUGGUCGGAAAAUCUGAUCCUUAUGUCAUUGUGCACAUUCGACCUCUCUUCAAGGUUAAAACGAAAGUCAUCGAGAACAACCUGCAUCCUGUUUGGAAUGAAACAUUUGAGUUGAUUGUGGAAGAUAGAGAGACACAGGCACUCACUGUAGAGAUUUUCGACCAGGACAUCGGGCAAGAUAAGAGAUUGGGAAUUGCAAAGUUCCGUUUGAUCGAACUGGAACCAGAGACACCAAAGGAGAUUAAUCUGAGCCUUCUGUCCUCACUUGAUACACUUAAAGUAAAAGAUAACAAGGACAGGGGAAGUUGUACCAUUAAGCUUUUAUACCAUUUAUUCAGCAAGGACGAACAGUUGGCUGCAUUGGAAGAAGAAAAAAGGAUCCUAGAAGAAAGAAAGAGGUUGAAAGAAGCCGGAGUUAUUGGCAGCACGAUGGAUGCACUUGAUGGAGCGGUUUCACUGGUUGGAUCCGGUGUUGGAACGGUGGGUACUGGUAUCGGAACUGGUGUUGGCGCCGGAGUUGGGAUUAUCGGGAGUGGCUUUGGAGCUGUUGGCAGUGGACUGAGCAAAGCAGGAAAGUUCAUGGGGAAAACCAUAACAGGGGGCUCCAGCAAAACAAGUGAAACCACCGCUCCGGUCGAAAGCAUUGAAGAAAAAGAUGGUGCUAAGCCAUAACUAUGAGAUCGGCCCUUUCUUUCCGGGCCGACGGAGGGUCGGUCCGUUCGAGCCUCUUUAUUCAAUGUUGUUCCUUUAGGUCCGGUUUUAACAGUUUGUAGCAAUAUUAUAGUAACUAAACACGACAGAUUCUGCUUGUUUUUUGUUCUCUGUUUCUGUUCUGGUGGAAUAGAGUUUGAUGCGACAAACAUUGUUCAUUACGCUGAAUAUGGGAAUUUGUCCGA